UUUAUUAUGACAGAAACAACCAGGAGAGGAAAGGGAAGCCUCGGCCGAAGACUUUGGUUAGACCAACAACCAAAAUCAAGAAUAAUUGGUGGGAUCCACCAAACCACAUCCAACAUUAAACUCAAACACUAAAAUUAUAUCGGAAGAUGAUAUAUUAUUGCCAGUAACUCAGCACAGCAUCUCACAAACUCACCAGUUAUUACCAGAGGCGACUCUAUCUCUCUCUCUGUCAACGAUUUACCCUUUUUGUCAAUUUCUGUGUUUAUUCUUCUUUUUCAAAAGUUUUUCAGUUUAUUCUUUCCUUUACUUCGCUUCGCUCUCACCCUUCCCUUUAAAGCUGCUCUCUUCUUUUCUCUUUUUCUUCCUUUACUAACUCUGACUUCCAACUAACCAUUUUACUAACAUUCCCUCAUUUUACUUUUUUUUUUAAUCUUUUUUUUUUUUGGGCUCUUAGUUUGGUUUUUCGUUGCAAAGAAGGAAACCCAUUUCCCUUCUCUUUCUUUGUCUCCCAAAACUGUUCUUUUUCUUUUUAUGAGUCUCGGGGUCUCCCUUUGUUUGUUGUUAGGGUUUGGGUUUUCAGGGUAGGGGGAGGGUGUGAAUUUUGAGGGCAGUUAUGGUGAGGAAACAUGGAUGGCAACUACCUGCUCACACCUUUCAGGUUGUUGCAAUUACUGUGUUUUGCUUGUUAGUGGUUGCAUUUUAUUCUUUCUUAGCUCCUUUCCUUGGAGGGCGUAUAUGGGAAUAUGCCUUGGUUGCGGCUUACUCGCUGGUGGCACUUCUUGUUUUUGUUCUUUAUGUUCGGUGUACUGCAAUUAACCCUGCUGAUCCUGGCAUCAUGUCGAAAUUUAAUGGUGGAACAAACAAACUUGAUAUAAAGCAUGGGUUAUCAGUGAAGGAUUUGCCCAGAAAAUUUGAUGAAUUUGGCAGUGGGCUGCAUACAUCCCCAUCAACAGUUUCCAGAAGUUCCAUUGCAGCACCAAACUCCAGUAAGAAAGGUUUGGUGGGAGAUACUGGAACAAUAGAGGCUCCAGCACAGUCUGCAACCGGGAAAUCUUGUUGCAUUGGAGGAAUCUUUUGUGCCAUAUUUGUUCAUGAAGAUUGUCGCAAACAGGAAGGGGCUGCUGAGCAUGGCAGUGAAGAUGCUUUGUUCUGCACAUUGUGCAAUGCAGAGGUGCGCAAGUUUAGUAAACAUUGUAGAAGUUGUGAUAAAUGUGUGGAUGGUUUUGAUCAUCACUGCCGGUGGCUAAACAAUUGUGUAGGACACAAAAAUUAUGUCACAUUCAUCUCUCUCAUGGCCAUCAGUGUUGUUUGGCUUGUCAUGGAGGCUGUUGUUGGUAUUGCUGUCCUAGUUCGUUGCUUUGUUAACAAGAAGGGCAUGGAGACUGAGAUUAUUGAUAGGCUUGGAAAUGGUUUUUCUCGUGCUCCUUUUGCAACAGUUGUGGCUGUAUGUACUGCAGUUUCUAUCCUGGCUUGUGUACCUCUGGGUGAACUUUUCUUCUUCCACAUAAUACUAGUCAGAAAGGGUAUUACAACCUAUGAGUAUGUUGUGGCAAUGAGAGCAGUGAGUGAAGCACCUGCUGGAGCAUCGGUAGAUGAGGAAUUGGCAAAUGCAAUGUAUUCGCCAACUGGAUCAGCUACAACUGGCAUGAGUGGUGGAAGUUCUCUGGGCCUGCAGUACAAGGGGGCAUGGUGUACCCCUCCUAGAGUUUUUGUGGAUUAUCAGGAUGAAGUUGUGUCCCAUCUGGAGCCUGGAAUGGUCCCGUCUACUGUUGACCCAGAUGCAGCUGGUUUUGCAGAAAGAGGGCACAAGGGACCCAAAAGGGCUGUUCGUAUUAGUGCAUGGAAGCUUGCGAAGUUAGAUUCUAAUGAUGCCAUAAGGGCAGCAGCCAGAGCAAGAGCAUCUUCGUCUGUUCUACGGCCUGUUGACAAUCGUUGUUUAGCAGAUCCUGAACUAAGUUCUAGUGGCAACAUGAGCAUAAGAAGUAGUGUUAGCACAGAUACAGGUGCAAAUAAAGAGAUAAAGAAUGACCGGAGAUUAUCACCAUUAAGAAACUCUUUUGCACGAAGUCAAGGUAGCCGUGAUGAGUAUGAAACAGGAACUCAAAGUGCAAGUAGCUUCAGCAGUCCAAGCUACAUUCAUGAGUCAGUCACACUUAGUCCUCUACCACAAACUCAAGGUGAUCAUUUUAAUACAGCUACCUCUGCUCCUGGCAUCCCUGAUCGUACCUUUAUGUCUAAGGCAGCUUUUCCUGCUAUCAACAAUCCCAUCACACAGGCCCCUUCAGGAUCUGAUGAAAAGGUAAUGUAUAAGGGUGGUAUUAGUGAUCCAUUGUUGCUUUCAGCUCCUGCUAUUUCCCUACAUAGAGAUGUCAAAAGGACAUCUGUUGUCUGGGAUCAAGAGGCUGGAAGGUAUGUAUCAGUCCCUGUCUCUGCAACAGAACCUCGGAACAGAUCAUCCAUGCAAAUGGGUUUGCCAAAUUCUAGUGGGGAAACUAGCACGCAGGGUAGAAGGGAGGUUUUUCCACUGCAGGAAUCUACUUUGGCAGCAAAGGCUCCAGUGCAACAGGCAGAGAAGCUGUUGUACACAGGAGACUCUAUUUUCUUCGGUGGCCCACUUUUGAGUGUUCCAGUUAGGGAUAGUCUGAGAAAUGAUAAGGGUUUGGAUUCAAGGGAGGCUCAAGAAAGAGUAGCUCUGAACUUGCCUCGAGAGUCUAGAUUCAAAAGGGAUUCAGUGUCAAACCAACUUCCUGUGUUUGUCCCUGGAGGUUCUGAAAACAGCUCUGCAUCUGUUUCUGGUUUGAAGUAGAUUCCAAUUUGACUCCUAACAAAGUUUCUGUACGCAAUUUUCCUAGAAUCAUCAAAGAUUAAUGAUGAGAGGGUAAUGGAAAUUGAAGAAACCUCUCGGAUGAGCUCCUUGUGCAUUGGAAUCUUGCAAUUUUGUGCUUUUGCAAACUAGAUUAUUUUGCAUGGUUCAAGUGGUCUCUUCUUGUGGUGAAAUUUGUGAAGUGAUGUCAAGAGGUGUCUCUCUAUUGAAACUGGGCAAAGGUGUUUCCAAAUUCCAUAUGCUUUAACCAAGCUUCAUGGGGAUUAUGAAUAUUUUAUUUGUCAAACUUUAGGAAUCAAAGCCCAUGGGAUUUCUAUUAUAAUGCUUUUCUCUAUUCUGUUCUUCCAGAAACAAAAAAAAAAAAAAUCUAUUAUCCUCCAAAAUUUUUG